UUAAAACAAGAGAAAAGCGAAGCAAAUCCACACGACCAAUCCCAUUCCCUUCCUUCCCAUGUUGCAAUCCAAUCCCCGCCCUGUUCCCUUGCUGCUAUCUCACUCCCCGCCUUCCAACCGGAGAUCUCCCCGCCCUUUCGCGUCUUCCUGCCUCGUCCAGGACCAGGAGGAACCGGGUCGAGCAGUUGACCCUGGCCCCCAACAACCACCGCCGCAGCCGCCACGGCGCGUGAGCACGCAGUUGAAUCGGUGGUCCCGCGCGCGCGCCAUCCGCUCCGGCCACCGGAUCGAUUGGCCCUCCCUCCGCCAGAAGACCGCUGGACUGCCGCCUCCGGCACCCACGCCCUCCGAUUCUAGCGACCUGCCAGUCGUGCCGGCGGAAGCAGUCGACGAGGUCGGGGACGAGGAGGAUGGGUGCGAAGUGAUGGAGGGAAAGGCCAUCUACAUGGUUUCGGACGGAACGGGGUGGACGGCCGAACACUCUGUGAACGCGGCGCUCGGACAGUUUGAGCAUUGCCUCGUCGACCGUGGCUGCCCCGUCAACACCCACCUCUUCUCUGGGGUGGAAGAUAUGGGUAGACUGAUGGAGAUCAUAAAGCAAGCUGCUAGAGAAGGCGCUUUGGUGCUGUACACUCUUGCUGAUCCUGCCAUGGCAGAAUCUGCAAAGCAUGCUUGUGAGCAUUGGGGUGUCCCGUCGGCUGAUAUUCUCAGCCCCACUACUGAGGCCAUUGCUACUCAUCUAGGCGUUGCUCCUUCUGGAAUCCCCCGUGGCGCUCCUGGCCGCCGAGAGGCUCCUCUAUCUGCAGAAUAUUUCAAGCGUAUCGAAGCUAUUGAUUUCACCAUCAAACAAGAUGAUGGAGCUAAGCCCCAAAACUUGAACCAUGCUCAUAUUGUCCUUGUUGGAGUUUCCCGCACCGGGAAGACACCCUUGUCCAUUUAUCUGGCUCAAAAGGGAUACAAAGUGGCGAAUGUUCCGAUAGUAAUGGGCGUGGACUUGCCAAAGACACUUUUUGGGAUUAAUCAAGAGAAGAUCUUUGGAUUAACAAUCAACCCAGUUAUUCUGCAGACCAUUAGGAAAGCGAGGGCUAAAAGUCUUGGUUUUAACAGCGAGAUGAGGAACAAUUACUCGGAAAUGGAUCAUGUGAGGGAGGAAUUGGAAUAUGCCAACAAAUUCUUUGCCCAAAACCCAAAAUGGCCAGUGAUCGAGGUCACCGGAAAAGCUAUUGAAGAAACUGCAGCUGUUAUAAUCAGGACGUACCACGACAGGAAACAAAAAUGUUCUAUGCCACGCAUUUCCAAACGGGUCGUUAUGUUCAGCGGAAACAUGAGAUGAAGUGGACGAUUUCAAUUUGAACCUGAGGGAGUAGAUAGUUGUCGGCGGUUCCUAUAAUUUUUUAUCCAAAUAUCAAGCAUUUAUUCUGUCAUUCUUUUAUGUACGCCAUGUGCUUGCAUGUAUGCACUGUACCGAAUCUACUUGUAGCACAUACUAUUUAUAGAGUUCAAAUCUUUUUCCAUGGAA